AUGGCUGUCCAAGAUGAAAUCAAUAGCUACAAGGAACAGCUCGGAGUUGAUUUCGAUAACAAUCUGUACGUGGCGUUGAUGCUCGGUGCCAUAACAAAGAGACACAUUUUGGUUUCCUCAAGUGAUCCAAGUGCAACUGAGGUUGAACUAAAGACUAUAAUUGGACAUGCUUGGAGGCUUCAGGUGAAAGUACUACGUGUUGGUGAAGGUAUUGAAACAACUGGUGAUGAUAUACUCAAUUUUUUCAUUGAUGGAGCCCAGAAUCAAAGCUUGAAUGCCAUAUAUGUUAUUAGUGGGAUGGAUAAGUUAUCAAAUACCAUGCAAAGUUUGAUCUUGGAAAUAAUAAGGACAAAAAAAAUUCGAUAUAACGAAAAGACGUAUUUUGGAAGUGAACUGUUCACAGUGGUUGGUGUAUUGGAUGAUUAUAAUGCCAAAGAUAAGCAACUCUUUAGGUAUUUACAAGAUGCAUUUUGGUUUAAACAACCCCAUGAUCCUCAAGCAAACUCAAUCAGCCAUUUAGAUUUAAAGAAUGUUGAGUCAAGUGCAGAAAUGAUACGAAAGUUCAAGACAAUCGGUGAUUCCAUCAAUAGUGUUGUUAUUGUGCCAGAGAUGAAGAGAUAUAUCUAUGAUAUAGUGAUAUUCAUAAGGACACAUAGAUGUGUAAAUACGGGCCUUCCUGGGAGAUGUAUUUCAGAGCUUGAACUCUUAUCAAAAGCAUUAUGUGUACUGUUUAACAGAGGUUUCGUUAUCCCAUCUAUUAUCAAGUUGGCAAGUCGGAAGCUAUUACCAUUGAAAAUUAAAAUGAUCAAACCAGAGCAUGAACCAUCUCUCCAGUGGGGGAGUGACCCAGAAUUAGUUAAUGAGCUUAUGAAGAGAAUGGCACCACAGUUGAUUGUUGAGGAUGUGUUGACCAAGGUGAGCCCACCUGUAUAA